AUGGCCGGAGACGGAUUGAAGACGUGUUUUCCUGGCGGAGAAGCGGCGGGACCUCCGUACGCGGCGGCAAAAACAUCGGUGUGGUGGGAUAUAGAGAAUUGUCAGGUGCCCAAGGGAUGCGACGCCUAUACAAUCGGUCAGAAUAUAAACACGGCAUUAAUGAAGAUGAACUAUCAUGGACCAGUCACCAUUUCCGCCUAUGGCGAUACCAAUGGCAUUCCGUCGUCCAUUCAACGAGCCCUCUCUAAUACUGGAAUCAGUCUCAAUCACGUCCCGGCCGGGGUUAAGGAUGCUUGUGAUAAGAAAAUUUUGGUGGAUAUGAUACUUUGGGCAGUGGACAAUCCUGCACCUGCCAAUUAUUUGCUUAUUUCAGGAAGCACGGAUUUCUCCCAUGCCAUUUAUCAGUUACGAAUGAGGAGAUAUAACAUUCUUCUAGCACAACCUUUUAAUGCUUCUCAUGCUCUUACUGCUGCUGCCACAAAUGUGUGGCAAUGGACAAGCCUUGCUGCUGGAAGAUAUCCACGAGAAGUUGCUUUUCGUACUAACACAUUGCGUCAAGAAUCUAUACCGACUCCAAUUUUUGAACCUACAUCAGCAAACCGACCUGCUUAUUCCAAUGCCUUUACCAAUACCAAUGCUAAUGCUUCCGGGGCUCAAAGUUUAUAUAAUCCUGGAAGCUAUUUUGAUACUAAAACUAAAGCUAUUUACGUACCUAAGAACAAGAAUCAACUGACUAUGACCGGCAUGUCAAGUAUGCCAGCUAGAAUUGAAGAAACUAGUAGCAGCUAUUGUCCACACGCACCAGCUGUUGAACCAAUUUUGUUUGUACCACCUCAUGUUUUGGCAAAGUCUGAUAGUUCAGAGAACUACAACAGUAGAAUUGAAGAAAUUAGUAGCAGCAAUUGCCCACACGCUGCACCAAUUCACUUUGUGCCACAUCAAAUGUGA